GGGACAUCUCUCUGUGGGUUCCCUCCACUGGCCACCCACCUGAUGAUGGUGUGAUCUGGACUGUCAUGGUGUGACCUUCCUGUGUGGAAUCCCGGAAUACCAGAGGACCCUGUCAUCUCUCUGGUGGGUUCCCAUGACUGGAUCCAUCUGUCCCCUGUCAUCCUCUCUGGUGGUCCCCAUCAUGACAGUCCUUGUAGAGGUCCCCCCCUCUGUGUCCUCUCUGGUGGUCCCAAUCCAUCAUGACGUCCUUGUAGAGGUCCUUGUACUGUCCUCUCUGGUGGUCCUCCAUCAUGACCCAUCCUUGUAGAGGUCCUUGUAACAGCCGAUCCUCUCUGGUGGUCCUCCAUCAUGACCACUCCUUGUAGAGGUCCUUGUGUCCUCUCUGGUGGUCCCCCAUCAUGACGUCCUUGUAGAG